GGGCUUUAUGAAAGAAUGACCAGAAAGAGGUUUGCUAUAAAAGCUCGAGCUGCCUGCAGGACUCUCUACUCUGCUGACCUGGACAACCCGCCGGCCAACAUGCAGACUCUCCUCCUUGUGGCGCUGCUCGGGAGCUUCGCCAUCGUGUUCGCGACCCCCGCUACCAGGGUGAGGUGGUGCGUCAAGUCGGACAAAGAACAUGACAAAUGUGUGGCCCUCGCAGCCAAAGCUCCCGCUUUCUCCUGCGUGAAGAAAGCGAACACCAUCGACUGCAUCACUGCAAUUAAGGGUGGUGAGGCAGAUGCCAUCACUUUGGACGGAGGGGACAUCUACACUGCUGGACUGAACAAUUACAACCUGCAGCCCAUCAUUGCUGAGGACUACGGCCCCUCUUCAGACACCUGCUACUACGCUGUUGCUGUGGUGAAGAAGGGCACAAACUUUAAAUUCAAUGAGCUCAACGGGAAGAAAACCUGCCACACCGGUUUGGGGAAAUCUGCAGGUUGGAACAUCCCUGUAGGAACUCUGGUGUCGAUGGGUUUGAUCCAGUGGUCAGGCAUUGAGGAUAAACCUGUGGAGGAGGCGGUGAGUGAAUACUUCCAGGCCAGCUGUGCCCCGGGGGCAACAAGGACCAGCAAACUGUGUCAGCUGUGCAAGGGAGACUGCUCCAGGUCCCACAAUGAGCCUUACUAUGACUACGGUGGAGCCUUCGAUUGUCUGAAGGAGGAUGCCGGAGAAGUAGCGUUUGUGAAGCAUCUCACUGUACCUGAUUCUGAAAAGGCCAACUAUGAGCUGCUGUGCAAGGAUAACACCAGACAGCCUGUUGACAACUAUAAAAACUGCCACCUGGCCAGAGUGCCAGCUCAUGCUGUUGUCACCCGCAAGGACGCACAGCUGGCCGAAUUAAUCUGGACUAGCCUCAAUGCAGUGCAGGGCUUCGACCUCUUCUCCUCAGCUGCCUAUGCACCUGCCAAAAACCUGAUGUUCAAGGACUCGACAGUGAAGCUGGUGCGCCUGCCCGAAAACACAGAUUCCUUCCUGUAUUUGGGUGCUGAGUACAUGAGCAUCGUCCGUUCCCUUAAGAAAGAGCCGACAGGCACCGCAUCCACUGCCAUUAAAUGGUGCGCUGUGAGCAAAGCUGAGACGGAUAAGUGUGAUGUCUGGAGCAUCAACAGUAUCGCUGACGGCACCACUGCCAUUGAAUGCCAGAAUGCCGCCACAGUUGAAGAGUGCUUGAAAAAGAUUAUGCGUAAAGAGGCAGAUGCAAUGGCAGUGGAUGGAGGACAGGUGUACACAGCUGGGAAGUGUGGUCUGGUUCCCGCUUUGGUGGAGCAGUAUCAGGAAGAUCUGUGCAGCGCCUCUGGAGCCCAAGCCUCCUCAUACUAUGCUGUCGCUGUGGUGAAGAAGGACUCAGGGGUGACCUGGGAAAACCUGCAGGGCAAAAGGUCUUGCCACACGGGCGUCGGCAGAACUGCUGGCUGGAACGUCCCCAUGGGUCGAAUCCACGCACAGACUGGUGACUGUGACUUCACUAAGUUCUUCAGUAGCGGCUGUGCCCCCGGAUCAAACCCCGAUUCUCCAUUCUGUACACAGUGUGCCGGCAGUGGCAAAGCUGUGGGAGAUGAUUCCAAGUGCAAAGCCAGUGCUGACGAGCAGUACUACGGCUACGCUGGAGCCUUCAGAUGUCUCGUUGAGAAUGCCGGCGAUGUUGCUUUCAUCAAACACACAACUGUUGAUGAAAACACUGGUGGCAAGAAUGCAGCAGCGUGGGCUAGUGCUUUGAACGCUGAAGACUACCAGCUGAUCUGCCCUGGGAAGGGUCCAGUGCCCAUCUCUGAUUACGCCUCUUGUCACCUGGCUCUCGUGCCUGCCCAUGCUGUGGUGACUCGUCCUGAGACUCGUAGUGAGGUUGUUCGCGUUCUCCUGCAACAACAGGUCAAGUUUGGACCCAGUGGCAGUGACACCUCAUUCAGGAUGUUCCAGUCAGAUUCAGGAAAGAACCUCCUCUUCAAGGACUCCACUAAGUGCCUCCAGGAGGUUCCAGUUGGGCAAAACUAUGAAGGGUUUUUGGGACCUGAGUACAUGACUGCCAUUAAUUCACUCAGACAGUGCAGUGACACUACUCCAGAUCUGGAGAAAUCUUGCACUUUCCAUUCCUGCCAGCAAAAAAACUAGUGGCAACGAUGGACCAUGUGGAGCCUCCUUCAGCCCUCAGUGAUUCAAGCACCUUACCCACACUCAACCGCAAAAUUGCUUUGUGUAUUUUACUGCUGAUCUUGUUGUAGACCUGUUUUGAGAAGUACAACAAACAAGCACAUACAUUCCACAGCUUACAAAUCAACUAUUCUGGGACCAAUCAUGUCCACAUGUAGCUAUUUCCAUGCUGUUGAAAGAUAAUGUUACUUUGCCUGUUAUUGGAUCAACCAUGUUUUGUUAACACGUGCCUGACUUUUCACAAAUAAAGCCUUGUUAAUGCUC